AUGAGUGGACCCCUGGAAGAUCCAAAAAACCAGGUCACCAUGGAGGAAGAAUAUGUACAAGGACAAUUCAAGAAGUUGCAAGCACAACGUAUGAUCAUGCAGAAAAAAACAUUUACCAAUUGGCUGAACAAUGUUUUCUACAAACAAAAUGCAAACAUUAAGAUUCUAGAUCUCUUCACUGAACUGAAAGAUGGUAUUUAUCUCCUGCAUCUUUUGGAGCUACUGUCUUCUGAACAACUACCCAGGCCAAACAAAGGCAAGAUGAGAAUUCACUUUUUGGAGAACAAUAGCAAAGUCAUUCAGUUCCUCAAAUCUAAGAUACAUGUGAAGCUAAUUGGACCAGAAAAUAUAGUAGAUGGGGACCAGACCCUGAUCCUUGGAUUAAUAUGGAUAAUUAUCCUCAGAUUUCAAAUUUCAUCGAUCAGUCUUGACAAGGGUGAAUUUGGAUCCAGAGUUGAUGCUCUUUCUUCCAAUGAAGCUCUACUAGUUUGGUGUCAACGUAAGACAGCCAGCUAUUCUAAUGUCAAUGUGAAAGACUUUUCCAAAAGCUGGAAUAAUGGGCUAGCCUUCAAUGCCCUCAUUCAUGCUCACAGGCCUGAUCUUAUACAAUACAGCUCUCUGCGGCAUGACCAGCCCAUAAUUAAUCUAAAUAAUGCCUUCACCGUGGCAGAGAAGCACCUGGGAAUCUUAAAGUUGUUGGAUGCUGAAGAUGUGGCAGUACCAUUUCCAGAUGAGAGAUCCAUUAUGACCUAUGUGUCAUUCUAUUACCAUUACUUUUCCAGGCAGAAGCAGGGUCAGACAGUCCAGAAAAGGCUUACUAAGAUCGUGUUCUGCCUGAAAGAGACAGAUGAAUUGAAAUUCCAAUAUGAACACAUGAUCUUUGAACUCUUGAAAUGGAUAAAGCUCAAAGUGACAGAACUGGAUGACCGUUCCUUCCCCAAUUCUCUUGAGAAAAUGCGCUUCCUCAUGAAUAACUUUAAAGUCUUUCGCACUACAGAGAAACCUCCCAAAUACCGUGAGAAGGGAAUAAUUGAAGCCAAUUUUUUCCACAUACGGACCAAACAGCAAGUCAACAAUCAACGUGCUUAUCUGCCCCCUGAAGGAAGAACUUUAAGAGAUCUGGAAAAAGAAUGGAUUGCUUUGGAGAAAGCAGAGGACAGUCGAGGAAAAGCAAUACUGCAGGAGCUGUUGAGACUUGAGAAAGUUGAGCAACAGGUCCAGAUAUUUCUGAAGAAAGCCGCCAUUCGUGAGGCCUAUUUGAGGAACAUGAAAGAGAUAAUCAAAAAGCAGGAUGAUUGGCAACCUGACAAUGUAGAACAGCUUCAGGCAGGCACUAGGAAACUAGAGGCGAUUGAAGCAGACAUGCUUCCCCAAGACCAGCGCUUCAAAGCCUUGUCUACAAUGGCUGCUGAAAUCAUACGGGAGAACUAUCAGGACAAGGCCUUGAUUGCCCAAAAGCAAAUGGACAUCAUUCAUCAAUGGCAAGAUCUCUGGGAUCAUUUCAAAAGACAAAAACACGCUAUGGGAAAGAUGCAGGAAGUGCUAGUCCUUUUGAGGGAUAUUGACACCAUUAUGGAAGAACUUAAAGGAGUGCAGAUGUUAGUAAGCUCUAGGGAUUGUGGCAAGGAGCUCUUAGAAGCAGUGGAAUUGUUACAGAAGCACAAAUUAGUUGCCUCCCAAAUCUAUUCUCUUGAGGAAAGAAUCAUGUACAUUGCUGGAAAAAAAGAAGAUAUAAUACAAAGGAACCCAGUUAAAUCAGAUAUGCUUCAAGCCAAAUAUCAGAUGCUUCAUCAGCUACAUCAGAAUCUUCAGCAUUCCUGCCAAACAAGGCAGCAUCAGUUGGAAGGUGCUUUGAAGUUUUUUGAAUUUUUUCAUGAAUGCAAAGAAGAGGAGAAAUGGUUGUCUGACAAAUGGAAAUUAGUGCAGAUGGGGACUUUAGAGGAUGAUCUCAGUCAUAUUUCAGCCGCUCUCCAAAGCCAUAAGUCCCUCCAAAUUGAGUGUGACUCCCAUCAAGCAAUUUGUUCUAAGAUAAUUUGCAAGGGCCAGGAGUUAAACCAGAACAACCCAGAGAUUCGGAAGAAGUUGAAAAACAUCCAGCAAUUGUGGCAACAGCUCCAAGAUGAGAUGACUAAUUGUAAGAUGCGCUUGGAUACAGCUGUUCUCAUUCAACAGUACUUUGCAGAUAUUAAUGAGGUUGACUCCUGGCUCCAGGAAAAACACACUCUCCUAGCCAGCAAAGAUUAUGGGAAAGAUGAAUCUAGUGCAGAAGCUCUGUUGCAUCGUCAUCUUCGUUUGGAAAAGGAGCUUGCUGCUUAUUUUACAGAAAUAAGCCACUUGGAGGAACAGGCCCAUUCUGUGGCGCAGCAAUUGACUCUUGUCAAACCUAAAUUCACUGGAAUGCUUGGCUCUGAUUCACACUUUAUUGUGGAAAAGAUAUGGAAAAUGCAGAAGAACAUUGUUUUGCUGCAUGAAAAACUACAAACCAUGGCUGAGAAUUUCCUAAUAGAAUUGGCUGCUGGGGAAAAACAGCUGGCGGAGAUCAGUUCUUCAGCAGAUAUAUUUUCUAAGAGAUGUCCUGGAAAAGAGAAGGAGAUCCAAACUCGUAAGCAAGAGAUAAACAAGAGGUGGGAAUGUCUGGAAGCAUUAAAAGAAGAAAAAGGCUCGGAACUGAUUGGGGUUACUGAUGUCAAGACAUUCCUUCAGGAUUGCCAUGACACUCAAGAACUGUUACAAGACAAGAUGACCAGCCUUGAGGAUUUGGGGCAAGGGAGCAAGCCAACUGUCUUGGAAGUGCAGGCACGCAAGCUUUCAGCCUGUGAAAGAGACAUCUCAGUUCUGGAGAGAAAAAUUGAAUACCAAAAAAGGAUAGCCAAUUUAAUCCAAGAUUCCAAUCCUGCAGAGAGUCAUGCCAUAAAAGAACAUGGAGAAUACAUGGAGAAUCUAUUAUUAAUGUUAAAGUUAAAAGCAGGGGAGAAGAAGGUGGCUUUGCAGAUAUCAAGGGAUCAACAAAAUUUUCUGCAAGAGAGCCACAGACUUCUCUUAUGGAUUGAUGGUAUGAAGGAGAAACUGACAAGUGAAGAGAUGUGCAUAGAUGUGAUCUCUGCAGAACAGCUCUUGAAAGAACAUCAGGAUUUGCUGAAAGAGAUACACAGCCAGAAUCACAGAUUUGAACAGCUGCAGGAAUUAGGUGAGAAGGUUGCAGAUAGUUCAUCAAAUAUUGGAGCUCUUGAUGUUGGUGAAUAUAUACGCAGAAUUUCUCAAGGAAGAAAUGACCUGGAUGAGUUAUGGAUGGAGCAACAGAAGAAGCUACAGGAAAAUAUAGCAUUGCAGAAAUUCAUCAAAGAAGUUGAUUCAAUCCUUGCUGCUAUCUCCAGCCAUGAGGCCUUUUUUCAGACUGAUAAUCUUGGGGAUCACAUGGAUUCAACUCGGAGUCUCCUGAAGCAACAUGAGGAUUUUGAACAAGUGCUGCUGGUGUUGAAACAUCGAACAAAUGCAGCCAAUGGCCAAGGAGAGCAGCUGAUAGAAAGGGGGCAUUUUGCUUGUGACAGGAUUAAGAAGACAAUGGUUACCUUAUGUGAAAGAUGGAAAUUGCUCAUAAAUAAAUAUGAGCAGAGAAAAGGGAGGCUAUUAGAUUCUCUUCUACUACAGGAGUUCAUUCGUGACACUGCUGAACUCUUGGUAUGGAUGGAAGAAAAAUACAAGAUAGCCUCAGAUGAGUCCUAUCGUGACCCCACAAAUAUCUUACGGAAGCUGAAAAGGCAUGAGGCUGCGGAACAAGAAAUGAUGGCCAAUAAGAAGCAUUUUAUGGGGGUAAUGACGGCUGGAAAUCAGCUGAUACAAAAUGACCACUAUGCUGCAGAUUCCAUUCAGGACAAAAUGUCAGAAAUAAAGAAGAAAUGGGAGAAACUCUAUAGCAAGAUGAUAGAACAUGGAGAUAAAUUGAGGCAGGCUGGCCAGCAGGAACAACUGAUGGAGAUUCUUGAGGAUGCUGACGAGAAGAUAGAGAAGAUAGAAAGGAUGCUCCGAAAUGCAGAAUUGGGUCAUGAUUUGCGUUCCAGUCGCAAUUUACUCAAGGAGCAUAGACAGCUAGAAAAUGAAAUGCAUGGACUGGCUGAGAAAAUGAAUUCCAUUGUGUCUCAUGCCAAGAGUGUAGCUACACAUCAUUUCAAUAGAGAGAAGAUUCUUGAUGAGACCCAGAGUUAUCUGGAAAGAUUUGAUUCCCUCCAAAAACCUCUUGCGGAGCGGGGGCAGCUGUUGGAGGCAAGUGUGGAACUGUUUCAGUUCUACCAUUACCAUGACAUGGAAAUGCAGUGGAUUGGUGAGCGAAUGUCCAUUGCCAAAUCCACAAUCCAAGGAAAAUCUUUAAAUGGGGCUCAAAGCUUGCUACAGAAGCUGAAGGAAUUACAAGUUGAAGUGAAAGCCCAUAAGCAGCAAAUAUCCAGGGUUCUAGAAAAGGGGAAUGCUGUGGCAGAAGAUACGUGCAUAUCUUCUCAGAGAAUCAAAGAAAAGUGCCAGGAACUGAGCAAAAACUGGACAGAGCUGGAAGAAGCAUGUGAUAAAAAAAUUAAGCAACUGCAGCAGUCAGUUGUUUACUAUCAGUUCUUAAUGGAUAUUUGGGACCUCGAGAAUUGGGUGGCAGAGAAGCUUCCUCUGGUCACCAACAAAGAUUGUGGUAAUGAUGAAGCCGCAACUCUUAACCAUAUAGCAAAACAUAAGGUUCUAGAGCAUGAAAUUGGCAUUUAUCAGAACUUAGUUGUGGAACUAGAAGAAACUGCCAAAACUCUACCACUUUCAGACUCUAUCCAUUACGAUGAAGUUGAUAUGCCUCAAAGACAGGUCCACACAAAGCUUCAAGAACUACAAACAUUGGCCAAAGCAAGGGGUAAACGGUUGGAGGAGACACUUGAACUACAUGACUUUCUGAGAGAAUAUGAAGAUCUUGAGGGCUGGAUCAAUGAGAAGAAGCAGGUGGCCAGUUCUGAAGACUAUGGAGCUGAUUAUGACCAUGUCCUUCUUCUUUGUGUCAAAUAUGAAAAAUCUCAGCAUCAGAUGGAAAUUGCUGCCCAGAGAGUUGCUGCAUGUCAUCAGUUAGCACAGAAAAUGUUGGAUUAUGGCCAUGUUGAAUCCAGGGAGAUUCGGAAGAAGCAGAAACAGUUGAGCAAUGACUGGCAGGAGUUGCUGGAAAUGACAAACUACAAAGGCAAACAGUUGCAAGAUGCUGAAGUAAUUUACAAGUGCCUGCAGGACUUGAUGGAAGCUCUCAGCCACAUUGAGGACAAAUUGAAGACCAUCCCAGAUUCCAUUGCAAAAGAUCUAAAUGGGGUGCAGUCACAGCUACGUAAGCAAGCAACUCUUGAGCAUGAAUUAUUUGGGAAUGAGCAACAGCUGCAUGUUUUGAUUGAUACAGCAGAUGGCGUGCUCUACCUGUGCUCUGAGAGGCAAGCAGCGGAGAUCAAGGCAAAGCAACAGGCCUUAAUGGAGAAUUGGGAAAUUUUGCGGUGUAAAGUGGAACAAAACAGGGAGCAGCUAGAACACGCUUGCAGAUUAUACCGCUUCCAAACCUAUGUAUGGGACUAUUGUUCCUGGGCAUCUGGGAUGAUAAGAGAAAUGGCAGCUGAGGAGACCAUUCGAGAUGUAUCUACCAGUGGUCUGAAGAUUAAUCAGCUUCAGCAGCUAUUGUCAGAGAUUGAAUCUCGAGAUGAGAUUUAUGAGCAAGUGUCACAGCUGGGACAAGGCCUUGCACUGGAUCAGAAAAUGGCAACAGGAGAAAUCCAAAGUGUAUUAGAAACUCUGAUAGAGGCAAAGCAGAGAGUCUACCAGGUAUGGGCACAAAAGAAGGAAUGGCUUGAGAAGAUCCAUCUUUUGCAGAUAUUUUACCGAGACUGUGAAUACCUGGACAACAUCUCAAACUCUCAAGAGAUGUAUUUGAAAAGCUGUGAUUUUGGAAGCAGUGUGGAUGAAGUGAUCCAGCAGAUCAAGAAACAAGAGGCUUUCGAGAAGAUUCUAGCCUCUCAGGAAGAAAAGGAACUCUCCCUUCAGGAGCAAAUGGGAAAAUUGCAACCAGAUAGUGAGUUGGAAGUCACGCAGAUUCAACAGAGGCUCAGUGUGGUGUUAAAGAAAAGAAGAGGCAUCAGAGAUCUUUCUCAAAGUAGGCAAGAAAAAUUGCAGGUAGAACUCCUGCUAGCUCUAUUCUACCAGAGUCUAACUGAGGCCGAGGAUUGGAUUGAUGAACGUAUGCAGAUGAUGAAGGUUCCUUCUUUUCAAAACUUCAACAAGUCAUGUGACAAAAUGAAGCUUCUUCAGAAACAUCAAGUCUUUGAGGCUGAGAUUCUGGCUCAUAAAGAUAUGAUUGCAACUGUUAAAAUGAGAGGAGAAGCUCUACAACAUCAUAAUAUUCCUCAAACGGAAGAGAUCUGCCAAAAGAUGUACUUGCUCCAAGAACAGUGGGAAAUGUUGAAUCAGGCUGUUGCUGCUCAUGGAAAAAUGCUUGAGGAGAGCAGGGAUUUUCUUGAAUUUCUACAAAAAGUCGAUCACGCAGAGGCUUGGAUCAGAGACAAGGUAGUUAUGGUUAAUAUUGGUGAUGUGGGGAAUGACUACGAACACUGCCUUCAGCUUUUGAAAAAAUUAAAUGAAUUCCGAGGAAUGUCAGAGGGGGUAACAGUGGAUGAUGCACACAUCAAAGACAUCAAUGCUCUCGCUCUGAGAUUGAAGAGGCAGAAUGAUGAAGAGAUGAAAAUAAUAUGCCAACGCCAAGAACAGCUGAAUGAAAAGUGGAACAGUUUCCAUGGUGAUCUUAAAACAUAUAAGAAGAAGUUGGAAGAAGCUCUGCAGAUCCAUGCCUUGAUUAGAGAAAUUAAUGACAUCACAGAGAGAAUUGGUGAAAAGAGUUCACUGAUACAAGCAUUGGAUUAUGGAAAAGAUAUUGAAAGUGUAGAAAAUCUACUUCGGAAGCAUGAUGAAAUGGAGAGAGAAAUUGGCAUCAUUCAAUCCAAGAUGGAGUCAUUGGAACCAGAACUAUGUCAAAUUAAAAGGAAUCCAUCUACUAUAAGUAGCAAACUGACUAUAAAACAGAAGGAAAUGAGUAAUCACUGGUUACAAUUGCAGAAUCAGACCAAACAAAGGGGUGAGAAGCUGUUAGCUUCUUACCAGUUACAGAAGUUUAACUCUGAACUGAAGGAAUUACUAGAUUGGAUUCACGAAAUCAAAAGUCAAAUUGAAAUUGGGGAUCUUCCUAAAAGUCUAGCUGAAGCAGAAAUCCUGAUAGAGGAGCAUCAAGAAAUAAAGGCAAAGAUUGAAGCUCGAGGAGAAAGAUUUGGUGCUCUUAGCAACUACGGUCAGAAACUUGGCAAUUCUGGCCAUCAUGCGGCUCCUGAGAUCCAUCAUUCCCUCAUCAAGUUACAACAAGCAUUAAAUGAAAUGAUCCAGGCCUAUGAAGAACAAAGUCUAAAAUUACAUCAAGCCAGAGACUUACAGAUUUUUGUUGGUUAUGUGGAAGAGAGUGAAAGUUGGCUAAGUAGCAAAGAGGCCUUCCUAACAAACAAAGACUUGGGCGAUUCAAUAUCCAGUGUGGAAAGUCUGCAGCAAAAGCACAUGCAAUUUGAAAAAGACUUGAACACCCAUCUGAUGAAGAUUGAUAAUAUAGCUAUCUUUGCCCAAAAGCUGAAGGACAGUCAGCAUUAUGAUUCAGAGAAUAUAAUGACUAAAUGCCAGGCUGUGUUGAGAAGAAAGGAAAAGCUUCUGGAAAUUGCUUUAAUGCGGAGACGUCUGCUGGAGGAGUCCUGGCUAUUACAAAAAUUUCUGCACAAUUCUUUUGAGAUAGCUACCUGGAUGAGUGAAAAAAACAGUAUUGCCCUUGAUGAAAGCUGGAGAGAUCCCAGCAAUCUUCAAGCUAAACUACAAAAGCAUCAGACUUUCCAGGCAGAGAUUGUGGCUAACAAAAAUCACCUCAACAGAAUCAAAACAGAAGGAGAGAAAAUGCUCCAUGAAAAGCAUUAUGCUUCUGGUGUCCUCCAGUCUAGACUCCAGGAAAUAGAUGAGCUUUGGGAUGAGUUGCUGGAAAACUGUGAGGAAAAGAAAAGAAAAAUUCUGGAUGCUUACAAGGCUCUGCAAUUUCUACAUAUUGUAGACGAGGCUGAUAAAUGGCUGGAAGAGCUAGAGAGCGAUAUGAAAAUACCAGAAAGCAGUGAUAAUCUACUGAUUCUGAACGAUCUCCUAAAGAAACAGGAAGAACUGGAAACCAGCUUUGCCACCCACAGGGACCAUUUCCAAAGUCUGAUCAACAAAGUGCAAGAACUGCAGGAGGAGAAACAUUUUCUGGCAGAUGAGAUAGAGAUAAGAGUGGACCAGGUGGUACACAGAUACAAAAGUUUUAGGGAGCCACUCCAGGAAAGGCAGCAGCAUUUGGAAGCCAACAGAUUGCUGUACCAGUUCCUCCAGGAUGUCAAUGAAGAGUUUACCUGGAUUCACGAGAAACUCCCUUUGGCAUCUUCCAGAGACUAUGGUCAGUCACUAGCAACUGUUCAAAGCUUACAGGAAAAGCACCAGAAUUUAGAGAAUGAGAUUAACAGCCAUGAUGCCUUGAUUCAAGCAGUUAUCAGUUCUGGGCAGAAGCUGAUGAAGGAAAAACAGGUUGCUUCCCAAGCAGUCUUGGGACAAAUAAAGGAACUGAUAAUUUCCUUUGAAAAUCUGAAGAAUGAAGCUCAGGAAAGAAGAUGGAGGCUUGUAGAAUCUCAUAAAGCCCAGCAUUUUUUCAGUGAGCUUUUGGAAGUGGAAUCCUGGAUGUCAGAAAAAGGACUUCUGCUAGAAAUUCCAGAUUAUGGGAGAAAUGAAGUAUCAACUCAAGCACUGUUGCGUAAAAUGGAAGCUACAAAGCUUGAUCUGGAGGGAUUUAAAUCCCGAAUUGAGAAGCUGAAGGAAACAGGAGACUAUUUCUUGAACAGUAAUAACACAGAAAGUUCAACUAUCCUGCCCAAACUCCAGUCUGUUUUAGACCAAUACCUGUCUCUCCAGGAUAGGGCAGAGAGACAAAUAAAAGCUUUGCAGGAACAAUCACAACUGCAUCAAUUUGAGAGGGAAACUCAACUGGUGGAUGCUUGGCUGUUGAGCAAACAGAAUAUGGCUGAAUCAGAUAACUAUGGUCAGGAUUUGGAGAAUGUGGAGGUUCUAGAGAAAAAAUUUGAAGAUUUUAUGAAAGAGGUAGAAACUCUAGGCCAUGCAAAAGUUCUACUGAUAAACAAUCUAGCAUCUCAUCUUAGAACUGUGUGUCACAAUCAAAUAAGCCACAUCCAGAAAAAAACCCAGGAUAUCCAUGACAGAUGGGAAAGGUUGCAGCAAGCUAUCCAAACAAGAGAAGAGAAUCUCAAAGCAGCUCAUCAAGUUCAUCAAUAUGAUCGUGAUGUGGAUGACCUAAAAGGCUGGAUACAGGAGAAAGAGGCUGUUGUGACCAGAGAUGAUUAUGGUUAUGACCUACUUGGAGUUCAGACCCUCCUUAGUCAACAUGAAGGAGUAGAGAGGGAACUAGCGGCCAUUGCAAAAGAGUUGGAAAGAGUUAGAGGAGACGCCUGGCGCCUAGGCUGCCUCUACCCUCUGCCCAGGGAGAACAUGAUGAACAGACUUUCUGAGGUUGAAGACUGCUGGGAGAAACUAAACAAGAAGUGUGUGGAAAGAAAGCUGAAAUUGCAUCAGGCUGAAAAAGCCCAAGUCUACUUCAAUGACUGCAGAGAGUUGACAGCCUGGGCAAGAAAGAUGCAUUCCCUGAUUGUUUCAGAGGAGGUAGCAAAUGAUCUUCUGGGAACUGAAUUGCUUAUUAAGCGCCACAAGGAAUACAAGCUUGACAUAGACAAACAAUGGUUGAAAUAUGAAGAUUUGGGGCAAACUGGAAAUAACCUGGUGAAGGAAGGACAUUUUAUGUGCAUGGAAAUCGAAGAGAAACUCUCUGAAUUAUUGGAGCUAAUGCAAAAAGUGAGAGAAAUCUGGGAUCUGAAGAAGGAUUUGUAUGAGGAAAACUGGGAGAUUCAGCUGUUAAAAAGGGAGCUGGACUUUGCUGAAACCUGGUUGACAGCUAAGGAGAGUUUUCUUUCAGAUUCAAAUUAUGGGAAUUCUGUCUCCGAUGUUAAACAUCUGUUGAAGAAGCAUCAAGACUUUGAAAAAAUGCUAGAAGCCCAAGAAGAGAAAUUUGCACAGUUGAAGAGAAAGACAAAGAGAGAACUGAAGCUACUGAAACAAAUGACUAUAGAAGAAAAUGAGCAAAUGACCACAUUGAUCAAAGUCCCCUCACUAAGAAGGCGACAUUCAGAUAGAAGAAGCAUAAUGCUUGAGCCAAAGAAAACUCAGCAAUUACCACUUUUAUCCUCAAUUCCCAACUUAAGAGAUCCCUUCAAUGUCUCUCCUACCCAAAACUCUAAAGAGAGUUUGCACCAAAUCAGUUCUGAAGAAGACUUGAUGUUGAUCAAUGAUUCUCCCGAACCAAGAGUGCUUGGCUUAGAAAAUUCCAUGCCAGAAACUGAGAAUUCUUUAUGUCUUUCAUUGACCUCAGACUUGAAUAUCCAGCAAUCUGAUGUUGGAUUUUUGGAGUCACACAGUAGUGAUUUUAAUCCAUCAGAUGUGAUAAACAGUGGUGAAAUUUCUACCUCUGAGUUAGAAACUAGUGAAAUGAAAACUCAGGAUGGUGAAGGAUCCCCUGAUGAUUGCCAAAGUUUUCUGCACUCAGAUUUAUCACCAGAAGGAUCAGAAACUGCUUCCCAAAUUUCUGCCAAUCGAUAUAUUAUGGCAGGUUUUCUAGAAAAAAGAGACCAGGUCCUUUCAAGAAGGAAAGAGUCAAAGACAAGGGCUUGGAACACUUUCUAUGUUCAACUUCGAAGACAUAAACUUGACUUCUAUAAUGAUGAGAAGGAAGUAAUUCAGAAAAUACCUCCAGGCUUAUCACUGAGCAUAGCUGGAGCCAGGUGUGAGAGGCUAAUGAACUAUUCCAGGAAAAAAAAUGCUUUCAGCUUGAGAACAAGUGAUGGGGCAGAGUACUACCUUGCAGCAUCGUGUCAGAAGUUAAUGGAGGAUUGGAUUCAUGCAUUACGGAGUAACUUAGAUCAUAAUAGCAAUCAGAAGGACGUUUCAAUCAAUGAAAAUGUGGUGAAACCUCAGAUAAAACCUUGGAUUUCUACAGCUAGAACUUCUCAUAAACAGACUAGCAAAGGUUUCCUUCUGAGGAAAACUCCUUCCUUCAAAGCUAAUCGAGAAAAAAGGCUUGCUGGAAGUUCUGUUAUAUCAGAAACAUUGACGCAAAAUUAUGACACCCUCGCUCCAAAUUCUGAAGAUCCUGGCAGCAGAAUUGAGCCUAUGGUGAACACAACAAAGUACAUAGACAACCUUGGUGCUACAGAGAGAUCUACAACAGAGACAGGUCCCAAGAAACAGAAGGGGAUCUUUAAAUAUCUUUUCAGGAAGAAAUAG